UACGACGUCGAUCAAAUGUAACGACGUUUCAGUCAGUUCCAGCCUCUAAUUCAUCUGGGGACGUGCAUUCACUGACCCCUCUCUGUAUGUACCACUCGUAGUACUGGACCACGACAACCACCCAUCUCAUUUCCCGUGCCAAACUGGUUUUACAGUAUUACACUACCUCCAUCGCUCAAGAGUGAACCUUUCGUCAUCGACUGACCAUCCCUCCUCCAUCCAACGUUCACCAUGAAGUCCGGGGUGAUACUUCUGGCCGCCUGCUGGGCUUUCUGUGUCACCCAGACCUCCAUGGUGCAAGGCCUACCACAAGUGGGCGCACCCCAAUCCUCCUCCCGACAGCCUCAGGCCUCCACCGACUCCGAGGUCACUGAAAGCGAGGCGCCAGACCUGACCACACUUCCGCCGAAUCCAGGGAACGAAUUGAAUCAGGACCACGACGAGAACAACGAAGAAGAUACGGCAGGCAUCACCACCACGUUCAAUCCGGAUUCGGGCUUGGACCCCCGUGGAGACACGGAUGUCACCACCAGCACAAUGCCUACGACCAGUUCGCCUUCGAAUGGCACCACUGCGGGCACGACGGAAUCCACCACGAUCACGUCAAAUACCACCGAAUCAACCACCCCCAUGACGACCCCUCCGUCCACUACGGCUGGCCCAACGAAUGCCACUACGGUCACCUCCACGGGCACCUCCACGGCCACGGCCAUUCCUGUGACGGUCACCAUGCCCAGUCCGGAUGAGAAUCGGGGUUUCGAAGGAUGGAGUUUCUUCGGUGGUAUUGUCCUGACCUUGGUCGUGUUUGCCAUUGGGUUCGUCGGGUUCAAGUAUUACAAGAUCCGCGGCAGCGCCCACGGCGGCAAAUACAGCCAAUUUUAAGCGGUAUCCCUUCUACCAGUUUUCUCCCGAGAAGAACACGAUAUUUCACUUAAAAAUCGCCAACAAGAAUCUCGUGAAUCUCCGCCACUAACUUUUGUACUGUUUUGUUUUUCACUUCUAAACCACUUUUCCUCCCAAGUCAAAUCUUGCAAUUAAGAAUGUGAUAUGUGCCAUUGUCUCCAGCACUGGGACCGUUUGUUCGUGUACCCGUUAUGCGGAUCAUGGACUUCAAAAAUACAUCAAUAGGUAUACUAUAUCUUUGUCCUUCCUUCCUGUGCUCUACUUAUGAUCCUAUUUUUAUGGAAAUAUAAUACCUCUUGAAGAAA